UUUAUGGAUUACUCAUUACUGAGUUAGAGAUAUGAAAGCUGUCAAAGGUCACAGACAGAACCAAAGACGACAGAGAAUAUACUAACAACCUUCAACAGCACACCUGUCCGGCUGCAUGACGAGGACGUGACCUCAGUGCAAAGAACCGUUCUGCUCCAGGAAACAAGAACCAGACACCUUCAACUGAACCAAGGAUUAAGACCAAGAGUUGACCAGGAACUAAACACCUCAACAAACACACAAUUUCAGUUUCCAUUUGGAAGCCUGUAGACCAGUUUGUUCCCAAAGGGGACCGGUCUAACUGAAUCCACGAAGUGGCUCCAGAAUACUGCAGGCUGGUCCUGAAUGCCGCAUUUUUGGCUCCAGGGAUUUCUAGAUGUGGAUCUUACCUCUGCAGAGCCUUUCCUGAUCGUUUGUGACUAUUAGUGGCCGGUGGUGAAGCACAGCUGAACAGUUCUGUCAGGUUUCACUCUGUUGGUUCUCAAGCUGGUUCCCCUUCUUGUUCUGCUGGUUCUCCUGCCGGUUCUUCUGUUGGUUCUCUCGGUGGUCGGCCAUGCUGGGAAGAACAGGGACCUUCAGUGGACAUUGCAGGUUUGAGCUCCACCAGUGCCGUCGCUCCCUCUCCUCCCCUCCCCCUCCCGCUGAGCUCCCCAGACUCUAUUACCCAGCAGGCAGCGGGAGCAGGAAGUACAGGACAGGGCAGGAGGCGGGACAGAUGAGCUCAGUUCAGAUUAACCGCAUCUUAAAGGCCAACGAAUACAGCCACACCCUUCCCAGAGGCCCCUCCUCCCAUGGUGUCCUGGGUUUCCAUAGCAACAUGUUGCCAUCCAACCACCCCGGAGAGGACCGUCGGAGCAGCGCCACCUGCCUUCCGGGCCGCGGCGGUGUGCUGUUUGGUGUGUUUGACGGCCACGCAGGGUCGGUGUGCGCUCACGCCGUCAGCCAGAGGCUCUUCUACUACAUCGCCGUGGCAACGCUGCCGCUGAAGACGCUGGCAGAGCUCGAACGGGCGGUGGAGGAGGAACGGGCUGUACCGCCGCUGCUGGAGUGGCACAAACACCCCCAAGACCACAACUGCCCCGAUGGAGGAGCGAUCUCCUUCCACAGCCUCCGAAACUACUGGCAGGAGAGGCUGGAUCUCAACACAAUGGAGGAUGGCGACUGGGUGACAUCAGCGAUGGUCAACGCUUUCCGUCGCCUUGACUACGACCUUUCUGUGGAGGCCCAGACGGGUGCCUCUCCCUGGGGAGGCUUUGUCUCUGUCCUCCCCCUCCAGGUGGCGAUGUCCGGCUGCACGGCUUGCGUCGCCCACGUCUCCAACGGGGUCCUGCACGUGGCCAACCUGGGUGACAGCCGGGCUGUCCUGGGCGUCCAGGAGCCGGACGGGCGCUGGUCAGCGGUCAGCCUUACCAAUGACCACAAUGCACAGAACCCAGACGAGUUGCAAAGGAUUCUGGGAGAACACCCGCCGUCGGAGUGGAGGACGGUGGUCCGCCACGACCGCCUGCUGGGUCUGCUGCUGCCCUUUAGGGCGUUUGGCAACGUCCGCUUCAAAUGGAGCACAGAGAUGCUGAGUCGAGUCUACGAAACACGACCGGACGUCCUGUCUGCGGUCAGUGAGGCAGUCCGGACGCCGCCGCCACCGCACUACCUGACCCCGCCAUACCUGACUGCCCAGCCGGAGGUCACUCAACACCGCAUCAGACCGGCUGACAAGUUCCUGGUCCUGGCUACUGAUGGACUCUGGGAGCUGAUGCACCGACAGGCAGUCGUCCAGUUGGUGGGGGAACAAUUGACAGGCCUUCAGCAGCAGAGACCCAUAAUUCCCGGUGAGGGCAUGACGCUGGCCGGCCUGCAGCGCCUCCUGCUGGAGAGGAGGGGGCGGGUUCUGUCAGUGCUGGAGGACCAGAACCCUAGCACCCACCUGCUCCGCCAUGCCCUGGGAGAUGAUGGGUACGGAGCAGUGGCACCAAACCGUCUGGCUAAGAUGCUGAGCCUGCCGGCAGAGGUGGCCAGGAGGUACCGCGAUGACAUCACCAUCACUGUCAUUCACCUGAACCAGCCUGACCUUUAAUCAGUACACCUGCUCGUUAAACAGGCAGGUGACAAAUAAGUAACUUGUGUUUUUACUUUAAACUUUGUUAAAUGUUCGUCUCUCCUCUACUUCUUUUGCUCUGUGUCGUUUGAUCUUAAAUCAAAAUAAACUUUGGGUUGAGAUGC